GUUUCUUCACUUCUAUAAAAAAAACCUUUUUGCGCCUAUCGUCAUAAACCCUACUUGUUUUCACCAUCGUUUUCACUCAGCCGCUACUUAAAUAUGGGAAGCGAUACAGAAGCAGAGAAGUCGAUCCAAAAGGAGAAGAAGAAGGUCAUCUCUCUUGCUCCGAUCGCCAAACCUCUCGCCGGCAAAAAGCUCCAGAAGAGAACAUUCAAACUCAUUCAAAAAGCUGCUGGAAAGAAAUGUUUGAAGAGAGGCGUAAAGGAAGUGGUUAAGAGCAUAAGACGUGGCCAAAAAGGAAUAUGUGUUAUUGCUGGAAACAUAUCUCCGAUUGAUGUGAUUACCCAUCUUCCAAUCUUGUGUGAAGAAGCUGGUGUUCCUUACCUCUACGUUCCUUCCAAAGAGGAUCUUGCGCAAGCCGGUUCGACAAAACGACCAACGUGUUGUGUACUUGUCAUGCUUAAACCGGCUAAAGGAGAGCUAAGCGCAGAAGAUCUUGAAAAGCUAAAGACAGACUACGAACAAGUCGCUGACGAUGUUAAAGAGCUUGCCUCUGAUGUAAUCUGAUUAGAAACUAGAAUCAAAGAACACACUUAACAUGUGUUUCUGUCGUCUCCUAGUGGUUUUGUUGGUUAAUGAAUAUGAUUAGAAUUGAAGGCCUUGGAAAAAUGCUUUUUACAUUUAUUCAAUUUUGUUGACGCCA